AGAAGGUUCUAGAUUCCAACAGCGAAAACCAAAAAGAAUCGUUUUAGGCAAUUCAAUUAGUUCUAAUUGUUCCAUUCAAGUGUUAAGAUUAUUAAUUAAACAAAGAAAUAAAUAUGUGGUAACCCAGCUAGUCGCUACAAGACCUUGAAAUUUUCAAGUGUUUUCAUGUGUUUUUUGGAUUGAUUAGCAAUAAUCUCAAAUAAUAUUUUUAAUUGAAAUAUUAAUUAAUACAUACAUUCAUGUGUACCUGUGUUAAUGAUAAAUCAUAGCCUGUACGUUACUAAUUUGUGUAUUUGAUUUAGUAAAAGUCGAUCGCGAAAAGCAACUUGUAGUUUUAGAUGAACUCUUGGAGGACAUCUCCGUCGAUGAGUUGCAAGAAACACUGCCAGGACAUCAGCCUCGAUAUAUCAUUUAUACAUACAAAAUGAUACAUGAUGACCAAAGAAUUUCAUACCCUAUGUGUUUCAUAUUUUACACGCCGCGCGAUAGUCAGAUUGAACUACAAAUGAUGUAUGCUUGCACCAAAAGUGCCCUCCAGCGCGAGGUCGAUUUGACACGCGUCUACGAAAUACGAGAAUUAGAUGAACUAACCGAGGAGUGGCUCAGGGAAAAACUAAAGUAGAAAAUCAAGAGUUUUAACUACAAAUAUCCAGCUAAGCAAUAUUGUGUAUAAGUUCGUUGGGUACAUAUGUAGCGUCAAUAGAACUAAGGUUUUACCAACGAUUUUACACCAAAUACAUGUGUCUAAAAAUAUAAAUGCAAAAUAUGCAUAAAUCAAGUAUAAAUAAUGAAUAGCAGGGAAAGUACCCCAAAGUAAAAUAUUUUAUUUUUUUUUAUGAAAAGACAAAAUCAAAAUGGUCAAAUAUGUAUUUAAAAUUUCUUCAUGACAUGAAUUACAUAUACAUACAUAUAUUCAUUCCCACAUUUUAAUAUUGUAAUUAAAGUAGAUAAUAGCUUGAGUAGCAUUUGCGUAGUGUUUGUAGUGUAUUACUAAUAUGUAAAAA